GGAAGGAGCGCCGCGUCUCUACGGUUCAACCAUCCCGGUGUGGAGACAAAAGACGACUAGGCGUAGCCGUCUCCGUCUCCCGCUGCAAAUUUUCCCCCAUCCAGCGUCACGUUUCGGAUCGCCCUCCCCGACUUGUGAAGAUGACUACUUCAAGGCGCCUUGCUGACAGAAAAACUGAAAAAUUCCAGAAGAAUAUAACAAAGAGGGGCUCAGUACCUGAGACAACAGUGAAGAAGGGAAAUGGCUAUCCAGUUGGCCCUGUAGUGCUUGGGUUCUUUAUCUUUGUGGUCAUUGGAUCAUCUUUGUUUCAGAUAAUUAGGACAGCCACAAGUGGUGGGAUGGCGUGAAGCCGCCAUGGUGACGAAUAAUACACCUCAGUCGAGAAUGCGAUGGUUUGAUCUGCUCCCAAAAAGAGCGAAAUAUGAUAUACUUGAGAUCUUAAUUUGAGAAUCGAAUAUUGGUAUUGGAUAAUGAUGAUAUUUUCAAUGACCUUGUUGAUUCCUGAUUGGGAAUUCCGGAUUGGAUAAUAAUACUCGUAUUGUGUCCUGUCUCUUUUUA